AGUUCGUUAUCAUCGCGAGAUUGACAGGCUGCUGUGUUUCUGACUGACAACAGGUGAACGGGAGUUCGACGUUAGAAGCACGGGGGUUCACGAGGACAUCACGGCGGGAUAUGAGGCUGGUAACGUGGCGGUCACAGAAAGGUAACUGUUUUUACAUUUUCUUAUAAUUCUGUGCCGUUUUUUCUGAAUUACUGAGACACAAUAGAGCCGUUAGACCCCAUUAAUCCCCCAACCUUUAACCAAACGAGUAUUUUAACCGCUCUGCUGAUGUUCACUAACACGACUCUGAUUGUUAAACGGUAAAAAUCCGGUUACAUGUUCCGUUCUAACAGAGAUAGGACCUGAAAGCGGGAAUAAAUCCAGCGUGUUGUCCGGAAAGGUUGCCGCCCCCUUUUCCUCUCCCUCAAAAUGAGACCCAAACAGACUGCAGUGUUUUCAGUAUCUGUUUUAAUCACCAAAUAAAACGCCAUAGCUUAUGACCUCUGUCUAUAUUACACCUCACACUCAAAAAUAAAGGUGUUUUAAGGUGGAUUUGUUGUAGAAAUUAAUCCACCUUAAAAUACACGAUUUUUAUUAGGAGAGAUGGAGAGAUCAUUCAUUUACAUCACCUACUUGUUGCCUAUAUGAACCCUUUUGUGUUUAUAUAUGAGCAGAUUUUUUAACUUAUUCAUUUUAAGAUAUUUCUAAACUAACUCCGCUUUGGGACAAUAUUAGGCAGGUUGAGAUAAAAAGUUGGUCUAAACAUCUGUUUUUACCUUUCAUUUCUUUGGACAUUUUAUUUACAGGAAAGUCCCCAAAUUUAUUUACAUUAUGAGGUGUGUUUAUUGUUGAUUUACACAUUUAUUUACUUCUCUGUUUACUUGGCUUUUGUGAUUUGACAUUCCUUUAAAGCUCCUGUGAGGAACUUUUUGGGUUGGCACCACCUGUGGACAACACUAUCUUUGCUUAUCUUGUCCUCUACAUGCUUGAGCAGGGACUUUUGACAGUCAAACGGAUCAUUGAACGUGAUUAUUUUAUGUGGAGUUUUUAAACAGGGUUGUCUCUACAGCUGCCUGGCUGACACACACCCUCUCGCACCAGUUUCAGGGAUUAAAAAUUAGAGUUUAAAGACUGCAAAUGUUGUGACUGACACACUUGUUUGCUUUUUGUUUCUUUCAGGUCUCCAGCGAUGAGGAAAUGAAGGAUCCAAUAAUGUCUCCUCCUGUCUCCUCCUGGUCAGACCAGCGUUGAGAGAAGAACCAUUAACCUACAUAGGUAAUUAGACAGUCUAUUAUCAGUGUGUCAUUAUCAUCCCCCCUUGACAACAAAUAGAUGAGCAAUACCUUCCUCAUUCUCCUCAGUUCACUCUCCGCCAAAGAUCCUCAUUUUUAGAACAAACCAAUAUUGACUUUGUUUUCCUCUCCUCUGGAAGAACACGUUUUCACACUCAGUCUACAAACAAAACGGGGAUCUUUGAGGUAUGUUGACUUUCUGGACUAAAACAGCAUCUAUUAAAACAUUUUUGAACUAUAUGAGAAGAGACAUGGAAUUUUGGAUGAAAUAAACAUUUAGAGUUGUCACUGCUUAAUUAAGAAAUAUCACAGCAGAGGUUUAACCUAAUUUUUAUGAAAAGAACAUUUACAGUGACCUAAGUCUGGUGAAAAGGCUGUAAUUUUACUUUGCACUACACAGAGUUGCAUGUUUGCUGCUGCCUGUGCUGGCUGGUUUGUUUGUAUUUUGUUGGAUCAGAGCUAACCCCUUCAAAUCCCAAAGUUACACAACAAACAAGCGAACUGAGGCAGCUGCCUCUCUCAGUGAAGUUUCAGCUAGAAACAGAAAUGACUGUUUUUGGUCAUGAAAAUUAUUAUUUCUUAUUUGUAAGGACCCAAUAUCGGACACAGUGAGCACUUUACAUCGGCAGACUUUCAUCAGGGCACUUUUAAAGAUCUAAUUGAAGGUGUUACAGCUGUUUUCUGCAUAUCCAGGGUCCAAAAAGAGACGAGUCUCUGCUCCUGUUAUGCCAGUGCUGGAUUAUGAGGCCCAUGUGUAGACUAAAACACUGGCCAAGUCUUGAUUACAGGUCUAUCUUACAUCUUCUUCCCUCAUACCUCUUCGUUUACAUUAAGUAGAAGAGUACAGGAACUUUAACGCUUCCAAAGACUGCUCCCUUUUUUGCUGUGACCCACAGAAAGAGCUGAAGCUGAAUGAAAUGGUUUCACUUGGAAAUUUUAAGCGUUUUUGAACAACUUGGACUUGCUGCCAGUUGCUCCUCUCCAGUGCCAGAUUACCAAAACUGCAGACACUCAAGCAGCUUGUGAGUCCAACACAUAUGUUAGGGUGUAAAAAAAAACAGAAUAAGACAGCAAAUCUUUCCAGUCGAGGUCAGAGCGAAGACAGCAAAGCCAGGGUGUGAGCGCUCCUCCUAAUCUGCUGUAAGUCACAGUCAUCUCAGGAGAACUCCUCACUCAUUGUGGGCGAUUCUGCAGCAACAUGACAUUUGAAGGCGAUAACCUCUGCAGUGUUUGUGAGUUUAGUCAUCUUUUCUUCUCUGUUGUCAGCCAGUCUGCAGCAGGAACAUCUUAUCAGAGAUGUGACCACACCAGCAAAGUCAAUCCAUGUCUUUAUGUGAGGUUACACAUGUUCUCUGCAGCAGCCAGGACCUGGACCAACCCUGUCAUUACAGUCCACAUGGAUCCUAAUUUAACCCUCUUACUGAGUCAACACUCCUCCCACCUCUGACUCUUCUGUCACAUUACUCAUCAUCGGACUCUCCCUCUGUUCAGUUAAAAACUCUUGACCCCAUUAAGCACCCUUUCUGCGUGAACUCAUGCACUCCAGCCUGUGAAAGUGCAAAAAAUCAAUUUAAUUUUGAUUCAAAACCAAAAUUAAUCGAAUUUUUUUGAAGCUCCUUUUAGCACACAGCCAGAGGUCUUCAUUUAAAUUCAGUUAAAUGGUUAUUUAUUAUUACUUUUUUGUUAAAGUCCACAGAACCAGAGUGUGAUGGUUCUUUUCACUUCAAUAUCUUUGAUUAUUUUCACCAAUAACAUGUUUUAAUUAAUGAAAUAGAAAAUUAGAUUAGAUUCUUAUUCAGACACGUGAGCAGCAGCCGUUUUUUAAUCAUGUCUCACACCUGAAAUGGUUGCAUCACUGAUGAAAUAUGAAGGAGCGGCCGGUUUCAAUCUCAGGACUUUCCUCGUGAUAACCCGUCACUUUUCACAUCAGCUGCUGAGUUUUUCCCGUUACAGCGGGUAUUAAUCAACCACUGAAGCAUCCAGGGGUAACAUCAGUGAGCUGAAGUUGUGAUUCAGUAUGAAACUGUGGGACAAAAUUGUGUUUUCGGACAGGUUAGGUUGAUAUUAUAACGUAGUCUCCAUUUUUUAUCUGUAUUUGUAUUUUAACGAUUUCAAAUAUUCCUCAUUCAGAUUAAUUAAAACUGCUUCUGUCUUAUUUUGAGCUCAAGUUGAUGCUGUGCUAUUUCCAAGACUUGAACCAACAUAUCCUCUGUCAAGCUCAUUAAGCAUUUGUCAUCCCCUCAUGGAAAAGCAAGUCUAGCUCUGGGUCAUAAGUUUGUUCUCGGUUACUGUAUAGAGUUAAAUUAAUGCCUGAAGUCUUUUCUUUCAGCUCUUUUGUAGUCUAACACACCUUCGGUUGUCGUCAGGUGAGCGAAAGUCAGCUGAUAAAAGAAUCCAGUCUUGCAGCAUUCCUGGCCGACAUGCUGAUCUAAUGAACCAGAUCAGCUGGCUCCCUCAUUCCUGUUUCAUAGAGUCUGACUGUGAUGAAUCCCCUCAUUGUGUUUAAGUUUCAUGGUUCAUUCAGAGUAAAUAUAUUUGGCGUUCAAACUCCAGUUAUCCCAGAAAAGUUCAGAGUCUAGAGAUCGUCGUCUGAGAGAUGUUGGAAAAGAAAAAGUUGUCAUCACCUCUGAGCUGCUCUGUCUCCACUCUGUCUCUUUACUGGAUUUACAGCAGCGUCACCUUUCUGCACCGUGUCAAACAACAGAUGGGCUGUGUGGACUGAUGGUGUACUUUGAGAGAUAACAGAUUGAUCCGCUGGUGUGAAACCAAAUCAUAUAAAACCCCUGAAGGUGACUGAGGCUGUCGCUGAGACCCAGCGCCUCUUGAAGCUGUUGCUUGAAAACAAAAGGACUCUCUCUAUGAGUGAUAUCACACAGCAUUUUAUGGAAGCGUGUUGCAUUCACCAAAAAAAGGGGCUGAUUUUCCAGUACGAUUUUUCUGUUAUUCAGAGUAAUUUUUUUCUGUUUUUCAAAGUAAUUCUUUUUUUCUAUUUUUGGGACAUUUUUUUCUGUUUUUCAGAGUAAUUUUUUUACUUCUUUUUGGACAUAUUUUUUUCUGCUUUUCAAAGUUAUAUCUUUUUUGAUUUUCAGACUAAUUUUGUCUGUUUAUAAAAGUACUUUUUUUUUCGGACUAUUGUUCGUUCUGUUUUUAAUGUAAUUUUUUUCUGUUUUUGGGGGGGAAAAUCCUGUUUUUCAAAAUAGUUUUUUUUCCUGUUUUUCAGAUAGAUUUUUUUUCUUCUUUUCUGACUAAUAUUUUUCUGUUUUUCAAAAUGUAUUAUAUUUUUUUGUUUUUCAGAGUAAUUUUUUUUCUGUUUUUUAAAAUAUUCUUUUUUUUUGGACUAUUUUUUUCUGUUUUUCAUGACAUUUUUUUUUCUGUUUUUCAAAUAUUUUUUUUCUGUUUAUUAGACUUAUUUUUUUCUGUUCUUCAGAAUAUUUUUUUCCUUUUUUUCAGUGUAAUUUCUCUUUUUUGGACAAAAUUUUUCUGUUUUUCAGAGUAAUUAUUAUUUUUUUUUUAUAAAUGUUUCUGGUUUUCAGCGUGUUUUUUUCUCGCAUGAUUUUGAAGUAUCUGAUUUAGUCAGGGGAAAAAAAUCCUUUUGUUUUUUCUGUAUGCAAUACACUUCCAUAGCAUUUUUCUAGCGUGAAACACCUCUACUACAGAGUCAUGCUGCUGAGAUGACUAAACCUGUGUAUGUUGUUCAGCAUGAAUGAAGCCUUCACAAAUAUAUAAACUACGCUUACCAUGGACACUUAUGCAUCCCCCUAACAUCAUGGAUCUGAACCACAAAUUUAUAACAAUUCUACUUUGGAGUGAAAGACACCAAAGCAACAGGAAAGAUGGAUCUGGAUUGUGUCUGUAGAUGGUUUUCACCUUCUUUGUGUAUGCAGUAAUGAACCGUCUACACAGACUUUGGUUAGUGGUACUGAUUUGGAGCCCAUGCAGUAACUUCCACUACAGAGUCAUGUCAGUUUUUAUUACACACGGUAUUCUCACAUAUGUCACCAAAAUCAAACGGAAAAUGAGAAAAUGUAUUUUAAUGAAACAGUUCAAUAUUUAGCAGGUUAAAGGUAAAGUUUCAACCUUCUGCAGCUUUGAAAUCUGCUUUUGUUCUCUUUACAUACUGGCAUUUCUUUGUUUGGUGGCAGCUUCAUAUAAUAGCGGUAAUUCAGUAUUAUUUUCUUAGCUUACAAGAACAUGAAGACAUUUUUAAUCAGAGCUCUUGCACAGUCUGACUUUUGAACUCCCAGAUCUUGCAGAUACACAGUCUUAGUUAUCAAGCAGUUAAGAUAAGAUAGUGAGUUAAAAUGUUGCUGUAAUACGGCUCCUUUAACUCUCCACUGAUAAACAUUUAAUUCAACACACUGCUGAACUCAGAGCCUUUGUUUUUCCGUGGCCUCACACAGCUGUUACAGCUUAGUGUUCGCUGCACCACGUGUGAAAUUCCUCCCUCUGUGUUGUGACAGGUGUCUUGAACAAACUCGAGAAAAAACAAAAUAUUUGAGGUCAGUCGGAUUUCAUUUGGUCGCUGCUCAGUGAACAUGCACCUUCAACAACAUUGUGCAUUAGUUCUUAAUAAAAAUCGACCUCUUCUGACUGCAGGAAUCUAAAGUAAGGAGCCAUAAAUCUCUCCUCGUUUCCCUCCUCCAGAAAAUCCAGACGACCCCUCUGCGGUUGGGAGAGGAUGGGACGUCCUGCUAUGCUUUUGUUUCCUGUGAGAGGAAAACUUCAAUCACUUCAAAGCUGCAUCUUCAUUGGUCUGCUUAGAGUUUCAUGAACCCUCUGAAGAAGUCGUCUGAUUGGUCCUCCGUUCCACUGUGAAGACUUUUCCAGCCAAUCGGCAUCCACCGGGGUGAGUGCGGCUUCCUCUUCCCACCAGCUGCUGCAGUCAAUCAGCUCAUUCAGCAGCAUGAGUGUGAGCGUGUGUAUUGAGUGUGUGCGUGUGUGUGUGUGAGUGUAUUGUGUGUGUGUGUGUGUGUGUGUGUGCAGCCACCCUUUCCUCCCCCUCCCCUCUUUUUCCUCUACAAAACAGACGACCCACCCUCCUUUCCACUCCCAUCCCCCCUUGUCCCUCACACACUCAUGCACUGUUCCUCUCUCACACACUCACACACUCCUUCCACAUGAGGCCCAGCAGCAGCAGCCUGGUGUGUGUGAGUCAGCGGAGAAAGUUACACUAGUGCGUUUAUGCAUGUCUGUGUGUGUGUGUGUGUUUGCAGCUCUGCAGCGUGUCCUCUGCAGCAGAUUUCUGCCUCAGUCGGGACAGAGAGAGAGAGAGAGAGAGGGGCGAGCGAGGUUCACCGCAGCUGAAUCAGGGAUUCUGCACAAGGUAAUCCCAGCCUGAUAUCAUGUGAAUGUUUUUAAAGAUACUUUGUCACUAACACCGGGAUACAGUCAGGAUUAAGGUCGAUCUUCAGCGGUUUGGUUCAGGUUGUUAGCGGCACUUGUCUCAGCUCUGACACACACUUGUUUUGGGGAUUUAAAGAAAGUUUUCACUCAGUCGUCUGUUUUUCUGCGUAAUGAGUGUAGAGUCACUGUGAUACCUGAAAUAUUGGCCACAAAUGUGACUUUUAUCAAAAUGUUUUUAAAGAACUUCACCUGGAGAACAAACGUGAAAAAAAAGGACCCAAAUUAAGAACGAAGCCGAUUUAAUUAUAGUUUUGAAACCAUAGUUACAGAGAUUUUUCCAUGAGUAUUGAAAGUAUUUAGUGUCAGCUCUGCCUGUAGAUUAGUAAUCCUAAACUUUGGUCCACCAUAUGCUGCUCAAGCCUUAAACCCCAUUCAGUGGAGGUAAGAGACGGAUCUGUGAGAUGGGAUUACAGCCACAAUUAGCUGAUUUCAAAGGAUUGUUUCACGACAGAUUGUGUCCUAUUAGAGCUUUUGUUGUGUUUGAUUUCCUUAUAAAUAAAUCACAGUUCUCGUAUUUAUUAAUUAGAGUUACAGACACAUACAGGACUCCAGGACAUUGGUUCAACUUCAGGACACUUAAUAAUAUCUCUGUUAACUGUUAAGGCAACAUAAGUUACAGUAUACCAAUGGUGGGUGCUGUUGCUGAUGGUCUGUGGUGCUUUUGCAGGUCAUAGAGGGACAUCGCUCUGACAUUUAGUCUGUUUUAUAUGAAUUUACAAACUCUAAACAGGAGCUUUAAAGAAGAAUUAUUAUUUUUGAGUGUAAAUAAACAUAUAAAGUGUUUAAAAGACAAAGAGAGAGAGACAACUGUUUGAGCAGAUGGUUGCUGUAUUUGGUGAUUAUUCUCUAAAUUGUCCUAUUUGAUACUUCUUGGUAGGGCUGGGUGAUAAACCGAAAAUUUACCAAUACCGAAAUUUAUGACAAUAACCAACGUCAUUUUGCCCUUAGCGGUAUAUUCAGUGUCAAAAAAACAAAUUAAUAAAAGUUGGUUUUGGAUGUGAUAUUGAUUUAAGGACAUAUUACCCGGCCCUACUUCUUUAAAAAGUGUGGGAUUAAAUGUAAAAAGUUAUUCUUUUAUUUAACAGUAUUUUGAUGAUUUUUAGACUCAAACUGUUGUUUGCAGCGAGAAAACAUGCAUGGGUAUUUGCACCGAGACAUAAUUGAUGCAUGCAUCUGCAGAUUUGUCAUUAAAAGAAAGUUGGACUCAGAGGAGUAGAGCUGCGUAUUAAAACUGAAGUUCUGUAAUCAGUCUUUUACACAGUUGAUUUUGACGUUUAAAGUGUUAUUCAGACAAACAUGUUUUGAGUUCUCCGUCUAAAGUGUCAGAAAAGUUUUGUUUUUAUAUCAGAGCUGAGAUUUGUUUGUUUUUGGAGAAUACCAGCCCUGCAGACCGGGUUUGGGAGAAUCUCUGAGCAUCUUUGCCGAUGCUGUCAUGAGUGAUUUUGUCACAGAGAUGAAAUGAUGGAGUAAGUGAGUCAGAAAUAAAACCAUCAUUAGAGCCGGUGCUUUAAAGCCUCUGGCGGCUGUUUCGCUGAUUCAUGUGAAAGCUAAUUGUCACAGCAGUGGCAGCGUUAGUCUCUCUGGCAGACUCCCGGUGGGCCGACGACCCAUGGUGAUCUGGCCCAGAGGAUCCAUGACAAUAAACCCCCCCCCCCUCGCUGCAUGUUGGCGUGAAGUAAACAGUCUAAACAAUACCACGGCAUCUGUUGCUUUGCUUUGGCUGCCUGUUUAGUCAUCUCUGUAUGGAUGCAGCUCUCUUCCUGGGGACACGCCUUAAACCCGGAGCAGGAAUGUUUCUUAAUCAGCCAAGAAAUUCAAGGCAUGCUAUUGCAGAAGAGGAGACUGGCACCAGAUGUUUGGGAAGUCUUAUCUUCAGCUCAUCCUUUAGUUUGGUAAUCUGUAAAAAGAGGGGCAUGGUUCUUCAGGCUGAAAACAGGUCGUUUACAUUGUCUUACUGAUUGUGAAAGUUUGGGAAAACUGAAAAUAACAUUUUAGGAUCCAAAACAAAGAAGUUUUCCCAAAUUUAUAACAACUGUACAAGAGAUAAUUUUGUAUAAGAUCUUUUAACUCACAUUGCAAAUGAGAAAUCCCUCCUUAACUGUGAAAAAAAUGACAAGAGGCAGACACUCGAGUUCAGGACAUCGACUGAAAGAACUUUUAAUUUUUGUAAGAAUGGAGCUCAAACAAGUAGAUUCACAGACGAGGUCCCCGACUGUGGGGUUUCAGAGUCUUUGAUCCUCACUCUCAGUCUUUAUUAUUCCCAAAAUGGCCAAAAAACAACUUAAAUAAGUCACACUCGCCCUCCAUUUCUUCUUAUUCGUCAUGCGUCUGCUGUCUUUGCAUAGUUUAGAUAUCACAGUGACCUCUUUCUUCAUAUUAUCUGUAUGUUGCAACUUCUACGUACAUCUGGGAUAACAUUUCCCAUCAUUAACUCAAGUUCAUCAGGAAAUAUCCUUUCUCUAAAUCAUGCAGCCCUAGUUCAAAUGUAAAACACACAGCUUAUCUCCACUGUCCAUGCUCGUCAUCGCCUUUUACUAAAACUUUUAAAAUGUUCUCUAGUUCAGUGAUCAGGUCGAUCAUAACAAACUCAUUUAACUUAGUUAUCGCCAUGAAACAGCUUUUUAUCAACACUGUGUCUCUUCUCCAGUGAUCUCCAUCAUGGAGGUUCCCCGGAGGCCUCAGCCCUCCUCCUUCACCUUGCCUCUACCUAAACCUGCUCUGUCACCGCUCGGAGCUGUGGACAAGGUCACCAAGAGGGGAACGAUGGCAGACCGCAGCACAGAGAAGGAUCAGUCUGGAGAUGAGACCUUCAGUUCAGAGGAGGACUCCAAUGUGAGCAUUUAUGUGGAGCCCCCAGCGGAGAGCUCAGAACUUGAGAAUACGAACACAGCAGGAGUGAAACUUUCCUCACAGGACAGCUUCUCAGAGGAGAGCUCCAUAUCGGAGGAGACGCUGGCAGAGGAGGCCAGAAAGAAGUCUGCAGAGGACGAAGCAGCGGCUAAAGAGAGGGCCGCGCAGAGGCAGCUGCUGGCCAUCGAGGAGCUGGUCAUGUCUGAGAGGAAUUACCUUCGACUGCUUCAGGUCAGCACCGUGACCAUCAGGAGCAACCUGCAGAAACUACAGGUGAGAGGGAAACAUCUGCUGCCUUUGAUAACUCCUCAGCAAGAAGAACAAUCAAACACAUCACAGCUGCUGUUCAUCCUGACAUAAUUUAUCAGGUAGCUCUGGGGCAUUGACUGCUUUAGUUCUGCAGAGACGCUCUGUGGUUCAUCAUGGUUAGAUUUUCAUUAUGUUCGAGGCAUUGCUUAUUGCUGCUAAAUAAUCAUUUAUUAUGCAGUAAUGAAAUGAGGCCUAAUAAAACAUAAUGGAAUCAGGCUUUAUGGGCUGAGCUGUGGAGGAGCGUGGAAAUGAAAACUCAACAUGUCAGCGGCAGAUGAAGAAUGAAAUGAAAAUGAAAAUAAUGAACGAUUGGGCGGAGGAACAUAUCUGGUAAAUAGAGGGAUGGUUAAUUCAUGAAGAGAUGGAGAUGGAGUUAAAAAAAAAGAAGAGUGAUGGGGAAGAAAAAGGAGCUGAGAGAAGCAGAGAAACAGAAGUGGAGUGUGCCUGAAUGGUGCCUUUGUGGAACAGGAAAAGCUGCGGGUUUGUUUUCGAUGGUAAUGCGCUCAUUGUUCAGUCUUCCAGCACGGCCCACUGUCGUCUCAUCACAAUAGAUGGAACCAAAACUAAACGGUUCUUUAUCAGCUGUGCAUGAGCGUUUCUCACACACGUGGAUUUGUUACAUAACAGAGAAAUUAGGGCUGAGCGAUAAAUCGAAAAUUUAUUGAUCCUGAAAUUUACGACAAUAACCGACGUCAUUUUGCCCAUAUCGGUAUACUCGUGUCAAAAAAACAAAUAAAAGUUGGUUUUGGAUGUGUGUAGGUAGGCUAUGGUCUCAUGUCCCUUUAAGACGCUGUCCUACGUCAGAGAUAUGACUCCACCCCAUCCAGUCCGUAACAAAGAGGGAAAGACAGGUGAGGAGAUGGAGGACGGGUCAAAAGUUGUAGCGGCUGAAGUAGACGAAGUUAAUGUGGGAGGGGGUGAGCAGCUUGUGGAGUAGUUAUCGUCCAUUUAUCGAGGUGAACUGAUCAAUAUAUCGUGAUAUUGAUUUGAGGCCAUAUCACCCAGCUCUAAGAGAAAUCACAGCACAGCUCUCCUCCGUAAUUGUUGCCCUUUCAGUAAAAACGGAAAUAUAUUUUUCUCUUAGUUUACAGAUUUUGAUUUACAUUUUUAUUGGUUUAUACUGAUACAUGACCAAGAGGAGGAAUAUAAUAGCAUAUCUCUAAAAUGGAAAGCAUCAUAAAUAUGUAAAUACAUUCUGUGUGAAGUUUAAACGAGUGUCUCUCUGUUUGUCCUCCACUGAAGCCUCCUCUCACUAACCUGGACAGCAUGUUCCUCCACAUCGAGGAUGUGAUCAACGUGUCCAGUCGUCUCCUCAGCCUGUUGGACCAGAAGCAGAUCCAGCCCGGAGACUCGCUGUACCUGGAGACGCUCUGUAAGCAUUGAGUCUUCUCUGUAUCGGGUUCAAGCCCCCCCCUGUCUUAAAGACUCUGACCUGACAACACGAGCUCAAUCGCACAGGAAGUGGUGAAGCUGAGGCGCCGCUCUGCUGAUCUAUCGCUGUGAUCACACUUGUUUACAGGAAACCGAUCACUUCUUAAACAUCCUGCUGUCACACACACGACUUUCACUUCUUCAUGAGUCUGAACCAGCUCACUCUGUCGUUGUCUGAGCUCGGUUUGUGGUUUUGCUAACCCAUAAAUCUCCAGUUCAGAGCAAACACACGAGAAGUUCAUGUCAGGGAUGUGUUCUCUGAAAUCAGCUGGCUGUUUGGUGAGUUGACAAUCAAAUUUCUUUGCUUUUCUUGCAGGUAACUCAUUUCUCAGUCUAUCAUCGGAUAUCGAAGCGGCCUAUAAGGAAUACCUGUCGAACUACAACCACGUUACAGUGGUGGAGAACAGCUACAAACAGAAGGAGGCGCUCUGGAACGAGAUCGUCAAAGUCAUCAAGAGCUCAGCGUGAGUUUUCUGCUUUUUGAUGCAGGAAAAAUGCUUAUCGGUUCUUUAACUGUUCGUAUGUCCUCUGUGCAUCUUCAGGCCGGAGGUCAACGCCACUUCUUUGAGUUUCUUCUUGGUGAUGCCGGUGCAGCGGAUAGCUCGCUACCCCCUCCUCCUGCAGACCAUCCAGAAACACACAGAGAAAACCCACCCAGCGUACGCACUCCUGGAGCAGACCGCUCACACCUCUAUCGCCUUAAACUGUCGCAUCAACGAGUACAAACGCUUCAGAGAAGUUGGUGAGGCAACAAACCGAGUCAUUGGUGUAAUACCAGGUUACCCAGUUAAAGAAGGAAGUUAUUAAGACCUCCAAAUAUAAGAGAGUCUUCUUUAAGGGGUCUUGGCUGUAGGAACUUUUCAGGAAACUUCUGUUCUCCAGUUGAUUAUCGGUCAUCCUUUUUUAUUACAGCUGACAAAUACAAGAAGACAGAAACUCUCACCAUAAAGGACAAGAUCAACCGCCUCAACACCCACAGUAUCGCCAAGAAGACGGCAAGGAUCAGCCAGCACUUCAAACAUGAGACUGGAAUAGCUCCAAAGGUGUGAAUGAAGUUCAGGAGCUCGGCUUUACAAGCGGCAUUUUGUAAAAAAUCACAGAGCAAAGACGUCAGGUUUGUUUGGGGUUUGGUCAAGAGGACAGGUGGAACUGUAACCUUUUAGUACACCCUCCACCUCCAGGUACACUGCUGUGGUUAAUAUUUAACCUGCAGAGAAAUGUAUAAUAUAAAGGUUUAUUGACUGUGCAGUUUGCUGCUCUUGACCAGGUUACACUCAUCCGUCUGAUAAGGUUUUUAAAGGUGCAGCGUGUGGAAAUACGAAUAUUUAGCAACGAAACUCUAGACUGAAAUGCUCACCUCCUUAUUUUCCUGUUGGCGAAACAACGGUGGCCUUCAAGGACAAAAAGAUUGAUGACACUGAAUAAACACAAUCGUCCUUUAUAUGUGAUUAUUCAAAACUAACUUUAACUAAUCAUAUUUAAACUUCUAUGUAGGGGUGUGUGGUAUACUGAGCGAUCUUGAUACAUGGCAGCUUCAUGUGGAAAUAUAAAAUUCAUUUAUCCCAAUCUUACGAUCUCUAACAUAGGUGAUUAAAGCCGUCUACACCUACUCCACCUUCAUAUCAGGAUGUUGGAUAUCAUAUUUGAUCGUCGCCUCUCAUUAAACAGGAAACAGUAUAAAAACUCUCUCCUUAUGUUGAAAAACUGGAACUUCAUCUCCCUUAGACAUGUACCCAGCUCUUAUGUGAAGACUUGAGUGUUUCAGGACCGCUCAUGGACCGCUGUGUUUCCUUUGAUACAGAGCUUGGGUACAGAUGAUGAUAGUAAUCAUGAACAAAUUACAGGGCGAGUGUGUGAGGCAUUAUUCAACCAGCGCUGAUUUACAGCUAAAGAAAAGAGACAGACGUCUUGGGCGUCAGUUAUUUAUUACUUUUAGGGAAUUUGAGUCCAUUUGCAGAUAUGUCGGCGGAGCGAUACGACCAUAAAUAUGAUGUGAUAGAAAAACAAUAACAUGAAGGUUGAAUACUGAGUAUGAGGAGAAGUUUGUGAACUAAGGAAAUGGUGGACGAGAUUGAUUUAGUGGAUCUUUAUGUUUACCUGUGUGUCUCCUUUAGCUGGUGGACGAGGAGUUUGAUGCCGUGGAGGGUUUCUUCUACGUCCUUGAACAUGGGAUCCUGGAGCUCCUUGAGAACGUGGAGAUGUACCUACAUCACCUACAGGUGGGCUGAGUUUACUCAACAUGAUGCGAAAUAAAAGAUAUUCCUCUGAGAUCAAAUGUUUGAAGCUCGAGUUUCUUCUUCUGUGAUUUACUGAGGGGUUCAUCCAAAAACAAACAUCUUCUUACGUAAGUUUGUGGGUAAACUUUUCCUGUUUUGUUGUGAAUUCCUGACAAUUAAAAUCUUCUAUCGCUAUUAUCUUAAAAAGUGAAUAUUUGGAAUUUCACCACUUUUGGAAAUCUUGUUUGUUUCCUCCAAAAGUGAAAAGUAAAAAAUCAGCGUCCAAUCUGAGGGUGAAAUUUUAUCCUCGAUCUGCAUGCAUAAAAAAGUCACCAUAAUUUUCUUAAUACAACUUAAAUUUGACAGAAAACCACAAGAAUAUCAUCCAGCAGUUAUAGCGAGUGUUUUUAGUGUCUAAAUCUAAUUUCAUGAAGCAGAAGUUUUUUUCAGAAAUCAUGGAACAAACGGGACGAGGCUGGAUGUUUAUUCUCGCACAUGUUUAUGAGUCACACUGUGUACACUCAGAGGCACCAGAAGUUAAACAUACAAGUUCCUCUGUACGUUUCCACUCUAAAAUUAUCCUGUGGACGAGUUUUCCUCUGCCCGCUCCGUGUCCUCCAUGUUUGAGAUUUUUUUUCUCUUCAAUGAUUUUCAUCUUGACAAGAAAAGCUGCAGAGACUAUUAACUGUAACACAUGUUUAUACAAAGAAACAUGUCCUAACUAGACUAAACAGUUCAGGAAGCAGAGUUUGGUUUAUCAGCUUUUUUCAUGUGUUUUGUCUGCAGCGGUUCUUGGCCUGUAAAACAGAGGAGUUUGACUUCGAUAUGGACGGAGAGAAGGAACCUAUUUGCUAUAAGGAGAUCACGACAGCUCUCAGGCAGUGGAUUCUUCCUUCAUUUGUGAGUUUAUCCAUCAGUUUUUUGUUUUUUUUUAACUUAAAUAAAAAAGCAGCAGAAAGAAAUAAAAUUUACAACAAAGGAAAAAAUGAGAAAGCUAAUUUUGUGUCAUAACUUUAACGACCUUUUCACUUUUACAAUAAAAUGAACCCUUCUGGUCUUAAAUGAUUACCAUCAUCUCUGCUCCUGUGCAGGAGAAGAGGUUGAGGACGCUGAUCCACAAGCCUUUGUGCGCGCUGAGAGACCUCCUGGUGGGUCCGAGGAACCUGAUCAGGAAACGGUUGGACAAGCUGCUGGACUAUGAAGUGAUCAGCGAGAAGUCCAACCUGAGCUACGAGGAGCAGGCCGUGGCCAACACAUACAGGUGAAGACUCAGAGAGAGGUUAUUUCACAGAUUCAGACUCAGAUCACUGAAUUCAUCCUAAAGAAUAAUCUGGUCUCUGUCGUCCAUCAUUAGACAGGUGCAUGUCAGAAACAAUUCACAGGUGACAAGUGAACUGACAGAGACGCUCGCAGCUCUUUGCACCCUCAUGUGGCCACCUUCAGUGAUUACACUUGCACAAUAACCAGGCGAUGAUCAAGCACACAGUUCAGGAGGGUUUGGAUAAACUAAGACCACUGACAUAAUAUCACAUGUUUGUAGUUGAACACAGGAAAUAAUUACAGCCAGAAAUAUGAUAUCAGAAAACAGGUUUUAUUUCUGGUUUGAUGCAGUUUUCUAUUAUGUUUUAAAUCCUGGUAUUAGUUAGGGUGACCAUACGUCCUCCUGUACCCAGACAUGUCCUCUUUUUGGGGGGGCUGUCCGGCUUUGUCCGGGGGAGUCUAUAAAGUCCUUCAAAUUUCCGGGGUUUUGUAUAGAAGUUUUGAGUUUGUGUCGCGUGGACUAACUGAGUUAGAAGCACGUAAGAAACACUCGACCUGACCCGAAACCCCUUAAACUUUACUAAGCAUAACUUUAUGACUCUCCCCCUGCAUAGUUGUGUCCUCUUUUUGUAAAUUCAGAAUAUGGUCACCCUAUAUUAGGUGACAUUUUCCUUUUAAAAAUGAUGUCAUCAUGAGGCCAAAUAUGGACUUUGGUACCAGAAUGAGCUUUAUAUUGUGAUAUCAGAGGUGUGUUCGUAUGUUUACUGUCUUACCUUUGAUCUUGCAGGUUGAUUUGGUUUUAUUUAAGUGCUUAUAAAUGUUGAAUAUCUUAAAUUAUUAACUCUCAGCUUGACUCCAUGAACAGUUUCUGGUGUCUGAGUCAGUAUCAGGCCAGACCAUGGAUCUAUUUAACAGAAACUCUCUUUGAAUGACCCCACAUUUUUGUGUAGUUUUAGGUGUGUAGGUUUAAGAAGCCCAAGCUGAACAAAGGUGUUUAAAGUUAUGUUAAGUCAAAGUUUCACAAAUUCAAAGAUGUCUUUAGUUUCCUCAUGGAUUUAUCCUUUCUCCUCAGGACGAUGAACACGCUGCUCCUCAAUGAGCUCCCACAGUUUAACGGCAUGGCUCUGCAGAUGAUCUGGAGCAUGUUGGGGACCUUCAGCUGUCUGCACAGAGACCUCGCCUCAGAUAUGGAGCAGCUGUUCCAGGGCUUUGCACAACAGGUUAGCUCAUAUUAGCCGUACGCUCAGUCCUCUGCACAGAUGUUCGAGUAAACCAGGAAAAGAUAUGUAUACUCAUGAGGUGUAGAUUUAAAGGCUACAGGAGGAAAAGUUUUCUGUGCGAAUGACGUAUCCCACAUUUAAAGAAAGCAUCAUGAGGACUCUCAAGAGUUAAAAACAAAAUCUAAACUUUCUUUGUUUUUCUCAGCUCCCUCACAGCCCUCUCAGCUCCAAAGCAUUCUGGGAGUGGACUGAGUCUGCAGUGCUCGAAGGCGCAAAGAAGCUGGAGACUUUGUGUCAGACUGUACAGGAAACGUUAAACGCACCAGUCGACCAGGUUAGUCCAACAUUUCAGAUUCUCAACGCUGAAAAAGAAAAAGUUCAAACAACCGAACAUACGUGUCGCGCAACAUUAAGAUUUUCAUACAAAAAUCCUGAAUAGAAGCUUCCAAUCAUUUCAGUCAGAGGGAGAGAGAGAGAGAGAGAGAGAGAGAGAGCGUGUGUGUGUGUGUGUGUGUGUGUGUGUGUGUGUGUGUGUGUGUGUGUGUGUGUGUGUGUGUGUGUGUGUGUGUGUGUGUGUGUGUGUGUGCGCUACUUUCUAAUCGAUCACAGUAAAUGACAAGAAAUUGUAAAUCUGUCAGAACAGUUUGUAAAUGCAGUAAUGUUCCCCUAAGGCCAAUAUCAAAGAAGCUCUUUUGCAUCCAAUAAAAACAGAAAAGUGUUAAUAAAAGUUUUUGAUUUGCUUUUUCAACUAUUUUAGGUUUUGCUGACAUUAUUUUACAACUCAGGCAAAAAAAACAGGUCAUGGUCAUUAACUUUAAACUGAGACAUUUAGAUAAAUAUCUGUAAAUAAAUAAACAUCUGUCCUAUCAGGGUUGAUCAUAUUCAGUGUAAAGGUGCCGACUCUCACAGCAGUUUUGCUCACCAUUAAAACACCAAUGAAGAGUUUAUUUUUGAGGAUAUUUAUUGCAAACCCCAAAUAAUAUAUCAAAUGACUUUUAUUAAGUUUUACGAAGAGCUUUGUGAAGUUGUGUUGCUUAUUUCGCACAUUAACUCACAUCCUUUAUUCUUCUACUGUUUGUCAAACUUAAAGUUUUUUAUUAAAUGACUUUUAAUUUGAACCAGCCGUGUGUCAAUAAGAACUCUUUGCUGUUGAAUAAAAUAUCUCAGAAACUAUUUGGAUGGAUUGACGUGAAAUGAUCUGAAUGUGGACUUUCAUAAUUCCCCGAGAUAAACCUUAAUGACGUGGUUAAAACACCGCAGGUGAGUCAAUAGUAAUCCUCAUGUAAUAUUUAAGAUAAUGAUGAAAACUUUUGUUAAAAGUAAUUGACAAAAGUUUGCAGCAAAGACCAGAAACAUGUUCCUGUAUGAAGAUGGUAUCAGGGGAACAUUAAUGAAGGACUGACAGCAGGUUUUUUUUCCCCUCCUGCUUUCAUGGAGUUAUUAGUCUGAACAAACAGCGUGUUUUAAAUCGUCUCCCUCCUGUCUGUCAAACCUCCUUAAACUGGCUCAUGCCUCUAAAAACCUGCUCAACAGCUGUUAUUAUUAAACUAAAGAAAAAGUUCUUCUCCGUGGUCACGUCACUUUUUGUUUGUCGUGGUAAUAACCAAAGGAGAGAUAAGAGCAGCGUCUGACAGACGAUCAUUUCCUCCGACGGGUUUUACAGGCUGAAGACUUUGCCGAGUCAUGAUUGUGAUUCAUAUCUGCAGCUUCAUGUCAUCCGUGUGUUAUUAGAAAUCAGUCAUGGAUGAGGAAGCUCUGAAUGUCUUUCUUCUCGCUCCACAACUUUCAUUAUCACCUCAAACUAAAAUUACAUUUCCUUACAUUUCACUCUGCCUUAUCUUUUUUUUUAAAAUUCUGUUCAGCCCCUGAGUCCGUCCUCCCAGCGCCGUCUGAAGCAGCUAACUGAUAAGCACGGGUCUGGAAAGAUCUACCAGGUGGUGGGGACUGUGGUUGGCAGCAGGGACCUGGACCUGAACCUGGCCAGAGGGGAGCUUGUGGCCAUCAUCAGCGAGUCAGACACCCGUGGAGAUAAAAAGAGAUGGCUGGUCGAUGCAGGAGGUACGGAUCGAAACCCAAAACUGUAUAAAUGUGAUUAAAAAAAAACUGUCUGUUGUUUGGAUGAUUAAUAUGAAACAGUUAAUAUUAACAAUCUGCUCAUGGAGAUGAUGUAUGGAGGAUUAACUGAAUGCAGCUCUGUGGCACCACCUUUUGGAUGUUUGGUGUUAAUGCAAUAAUAAACCAAUCAACAGGUAGGUAAGAGAACAGUGCUGUUGGAGUAAUCUGAAGGAGAAUUUACUCAGAAAAGUGUGAAGUUUUUUGAUUAAAUAUAAGAACUUUUUUUACACCAGGAAGUUUUAAAACCCUGUUUUUUUAGUAGAGGAUGUUUGAUCUCAUGUAACUAGUUAAAGUUACAGAAAGAAAAUUUAGAAAGAAACACAGUUAUUGACUUUAAUUCUUGAUCAAAUCUGCAGGUAAAUCAUCAAUGAUUGUGUUGUGCAUGUGCAUGGACUGAAGUUUCCAGGUUUUCAUGUUUGUUUGUUUUUUUUAUGCACCUCUAUCUGUAUUUGCAAAAAUUCAGCUGCAAACUGUGAACUCUGAAAGACAAGGAGAGGAUGCAGCAGUAGUUUGUGACUGACUACCUGAGCAGGUGCAGCUCCAGCCAAGUGAUGCAUCAAAACAAAUAUGGCUGACGCAGCUAGAGCGCCUUACAUGAACAUCACAGACAGUGAAAGGACGCUCUUAUCAUCCAAAAGUUCACUCCUCUUGAAAUCAAUAAAUACUGUCUGUAUCUUUUGUUCCCUUGGCAACAGAGGUAUAUUUACCACUGCGAGAUGGAUGCACCACAUCUGUCAUGUUGGUAUUUUAGAAUAAGCUACAGCUGAAAAUGAUAUUAACUUCCUGUCACAAUAUUUUUAACCGUUGACUCUUCACACAGGCAGAAGAGGUUACGCUCCGUCCUCAAAGCUGAUUCGGUAUCACCAGCCGACAGAUGACCCGCCCCCUUCACCACACCUGGCCUUACCUGAGAGCGUCUCUGGAAUCCGAAGACACUCUUACACGCCGGAGGGUCGCCCACUGACGGUCAUGAGCCAGCCCUGCUUCCAGGUAGCGUCUUACUCACCGGUCAGAGCACUGUAACCACAUCCGAAUUUCAAUGAGGGUAAAAAAAAUGGGGCGACUUUUAGAGCGUACAACCUGCGUGAGAGGCUAACAGUCCUCGCUAUGAGGUGGUGGUAGCAGGUAUUCAUCUCUUCCCGUCCAGUUAUGCACCACUCUUCCUCACCACCCAGCCAGUUUCAAUCAGACCAUCAUAUCACCCUUUGUAAAGAGCGAGGGACUACCUGGUCGCCGUUUCCCCUCUCCCUUUGAUUGUGUAAAGUGAUAAGGUCAGCUGAUCAGCGAAUCAGAUUGAUUUCUAUCACCAGUGAGGCUCUGCUUCUGGUUCAGCCUGCUGGAUCAGCGGACAAACCUCAAACAGUGGCGACUACUGAGGAAGACAUCACAGAAACACCAGAUUGAUUAAAUUAGAAUAAAUAUGAUAAAUAAUGUCACACAGAGCUGUUUGAAGGGGCUGAUAUCUGCAGCCGAACAGGAGCAACACGAACUCUUCAAACAGGGAGCGGUGUGGGUCGUUGAAGAUUGAUUAGUCCUGGUCUCGUCACACAACUCAUGUUUACGUUCCUAUUGCAUCAGAACAGCAUCCAUGUUUGGCGUGUGGGCUCCGUGACUCCUCACAGUCGUACUCUCACAUGCAGAAACUGAGGAGUGAUGAAACAAUAUCUUUAACCCCCCAGUCAGAGAUUGUAGGUGGAUGCUCGGGUGGUGGUAGGGCUGAAAAUUUGAUGCAUGGCAGUGCUGGAAGACGAAAAGCAAAGAUAGAGACUGGAAAUCUUACAGCUUGAAUAUUGCAAAUUGGGAGUGUGUUGGUCAUGUGAUUUUGAGAGUGAAAUCAGUGCAGCGAUUACUACGGGUGGGAGAAAAAAUCAAUUCACACAAGUAUCGUAAUUUUUUUGUUUUACAAUUUUUUUUUUUUUCCAAAUUUAAGAAGAAAUCUUAAAAACUGACUUACAUGUGAUGAAUUUUUUUUGAAAAAUGGUUCCUGGAAUAGUCAGUAAACACUCAUAAUCAUUCAACUGUUUUAUUGGUGUUAGAAACGCAGACUAAAAAUCAAGAAAAACAGCACUAUCGUAGAAUCGCAAUCUAAAUUGGAUCGGCAUCCAUAAAAUUUGCAGAAGAAUCAAGCGUACCGUCCCAGCCCUGGCGGUUGCGUCUCAUGUGGAGGUCAUGGUCCUCCAGCAGGGUACCCAAGCUGCAGCUCUUCACUGCGUUUCGCUCCUUCACAUGAAAGCUCCUAAAUAAAUGAUUGUUUGAGAGACAAUCAGCAGAUUUAAUGUCUUUGUCUGAGUGAAUAAUGACGCAGGUCUCAGGCUGGAUGUUCGUUUGACCUCAACUCACUGCUCUCAAACUUUGACUGUGUUCAUUCUUCAAACUUUAAGGCCUCCGUGUGUUUCUGAGCCGAAGCUUUGACUGAUAGGCGUGACAGGAUCCCACUACAAAAGCAUCAAUCUGUCACAUGUCUCAUCACCACUGUGUGUGUGUGUUUGUGCGCGUGUGUGUGUGUGUAAUCAUGUGAAAGAUAGUGCUCGCCUGUGUGUUAUUAAUGGAAAGGUCUGUAAUUAGCUGUUUAACCUUGUAAGUGGGUUACGGUGUGAAGGGUCGAGAGUUAAUUUAUGCCGUGCAGCGCUGCAGAGGAGAGAUAGAGCAUGUGUGUGUGUGUAAGUGUGUGUCUGUGUGUAAGUGUGUGUGUCAAGAGGUUGAUUUACAUUUGCAACACAUGCGAGCGUGAGUGGAGAGUGUCAUGGCUUGUAAAUUUGUGGUGGUUUAUGUGGAUGUGCACACGGGAACGAGGGAGAUUUAGAUGAGUGGAUGAGGAGGCAGGUCUGCGUCAGGUGUGUGUGUGUGUGUGUGUGUGUGUGUGUGUGUGUGUGUGUGUGUGUGUGUGUGUGUGUGUGGGAGAGAUAUGUCUCCACAUCGCCUCUUAAACUGAGUGAUUGCUCUGGUGACCUCAUAGCGGCGGUUUUUCAUGCCCCCCUCCCCCCACAUCCAACCCUCCUGACCCUGAGUCUGCUCAUAUAGAAAACACACACAGCCUGCACACACUCCCUCAGACUCACCGCUCUUUACAUGCAAACUCCAACCUUAAAGAUAUAACACGCUUUUAUCAUGACGUACCUGUGCUGACCUUUAGAGAGUAUUACAGGUGUGACUGUAGCUGUCUGUCUGUGUGACAUGAACAGAGUCAUAUGUCCUGAGUGCAGACUGCCAAUCCAGCGUCAGCCUCACUGUGACCCUGUAAGAAGGUUUCUGUAUCAUCACUCAAGAUCUGACUGACUAUGAACUGUGACUGCAGGUUCAUGUGGAAUAAUGCAGUCGAAGGGAAACAGUACUGAGAAAUACUAUGUGAUACAAUACAAUACAACAGUAAGACACAAUAGGGUAAAAAAUAAAACAAUAUGGACAAAUAUAAUACAGUUCAAUACAAUAUAAUACAAGUUUAAGAGAUGAUACGGUACAAAAAAACAUAGUACAAAAGAUCAAAAUCUAGUUUACAGUUUAAUAGGAUAUGACGCGUUAUAGUACGAUACAAUACCAUAUGAAAUAACACUAUAAAUAACAACACAAUAAGACACGUUUCCAUGGUUACAUACAGUACAGUUAUACAUGAUACAUGAACAUACAAUAUCUAGGGCCCUAUGAAAUCCAUUUUAUUUUUUUUUAGAAUUCCGUUGUUUUAUCUUUUACACUUAUUUACGACCAUAGCGUGUGUGCUUUUACUGUCAGGUCUGGCUAGUCGCAGCAGCACGACAAGUGGUCAUCACACGUAGUUUAUGUUGACAGAUUUUGUCACCUGACACACAAAAGUCAUUUGGAUAUUGUGUCUCUGGUAGCGGCUUCGACAUGCUGUUUAUGCAGAAGGGAGGGGGAGGGGGAAAGAUGCACGAGCAGUGCCACGAAUGAGCGGUCCCUGGGAACAUUUCCCUCACGAUAACAGCAUUUCAGUCACAUUAUGCCAAUUUCCAUGUAACAGUAGAUUCAGUUUUCAUUGGCCAAUUCUGCGAUUCUAUUAACGCUGAAAUCAUAGGGCCCUAAAAAACAUACGAUAAAGUUAAAUAUAAGAGUGAUAGAAGUCAGAAACUUAUGAUACAGGAUAGGAUAAGAGGGCGUACAAUACAAUAACAUAUGAUACCAUACGAUUUGAUAUAAUAAAACAUACAUUAGCUCACAAUCUGGUUCAGUUUCAUAAUACACUGUCAAACAAGACACAAUAGGGUAGGAUCCAAAAUAAUACUUCAUGACACAAAAGGACAUAAAUAUUUGUGUUUUUAAAGUUUAUUUGAACAUAUUUAUAAUGAUUGAAGAAGAAACCCUACAGACUGGAUUAAAGUGGGAAAGAUUUUCUUCAAAUCUGGAUUAAUGCUCUAAGUAACAGACUCCUGUAUGGUCUAUAUCAUUAUUUCGUAUGUGGAGCUUCCUCACCUUUAUGCAGACUUUCAUCUUAGUUUGAACCUUUGUUUAACGUCUAGUGUCCUCAUAUUUCUGUCCAAAAUGCUGCACAGGUGGUGUCAUUAGAGCUCAUAGAAAUCCUGGGAAAGGGUAAUAUUAUCAAUAAAUUCCAGUCUGGCUCCUGCAGACGUGCAGCAAGUCUCUGCCAGCUCUGCCUCCACUCCCUUCAUUUCCAUCAGAGUCCAUCAUGAGAUAUUCAGCCGGCUCCCUCGCAGCCAUGGACGGUCACUUAACUCUCUUCCUGUUUCUUACCCUCCGUGUCCGUGCCGGGCAAAAUGCUAAUCUAUGUAAAUCGGUGGGAGUCGUCAGGACGGAGCAGAUUUUGUAGCUGAGAGGUGAGCUGGGGUGAAGGGUUUGAUAAUGACAUAGAGCAGCCGGCUAAAGUCAGCUAUUAUCACUGCUGAGACACUUUCAUACAAACACAGGGCUCAUUAGGAGGCCUUCGUUUUCACGUGUGUGUCUGUGUGUGUGGGAAUGAGAUGGGAUUUGUCAAGACAUAACUAGCGGCCUUAACCUUUUCAGAGAAUAUUACAAUGAUUCGAGGUUGUGUUUGAGAGUGUGUGUCUCACUUUUGUACCUGUGUGCAUAAAUUACACUCACUUCUGACCUGAAACUGCGUCACCAAUAUCCGUUUUUUCUCCCUAAUAAUCAGACAGUCCUGUAUUUUUGCCCUCUCUUGUUGUUUGACUUCUCCUCUUGUUUCCGUCUCCUCUUCCUAGGUGGUUGCGGGCUAUAACUUCAACGCACGGGGAAACCAUGAGGUCUCUGUCCGGGCAGGCGAGCCAGUUCGCGUCCUGGAGCCACAUGAUAAACGAGGAAACCCCGAGUGGAGUUUGGUGGAGACGAGAGGAGGGCAGAGAGGAUACGUACCCUCCAACUACCUCACAAUCAUGGCCGCCAGAACCGGGACACCUGGAGCUCCCCUGGGUUUCUGCUGAGAGAGGAGGAGGGAUGGAGGGCGGCGUGUGCAGUACGACAAAGAAUCAGUGUUUCAAAACAGACUUCAGAGCAAUUUCAGACAAGCGUUUGUCGAUCGCAGUGUUACAGAAAUAAGCGAAAUUAUCCCCACUUUCCAGCAUAAGCUAUUCAUCUUUUAGAAAUGUCAUUUAAAAGCCAGAGCAGCGAGAUCAUUUCAAGUCAGACGAUUUAAAUAUCAUAACCAAAUAUGCCAAAUAUUCCUGAAAGAGCUUUAGUGCUAUAAACCUAACAAACGUCUUCAAAGAGCACUUUUUAAUAUCCGAGUUUCAAAAGCAGCAGAAACAAGAACAUAAAUCUCGUUUAAAAGUUCUCUUGAAGACGAAUGAAUCUCUGGAAAUAUUCGUCUUUACUUUAAGUCGGAUCUGAGGUCCCUCAGGCUUCAGCGUCAUACACUUUAAAGGUGCUCCACGCUCGUGUUUCUGCAGGAAGCACCAUGACGUGUCUCAGCUGCGAUUCCCCGACCUGCUUCACUAAAGAUGUGCUGAGUUGAUUUCCAAGAGAGCCCGGGUCACGAGCACGCCAAGUUGAACAGAAUAACCAAACACAGCAGCAGCUUAUAUAAUUAAGUCAGUUUAAAAAUGUUUAAAAUGUGAUGCAUGGACUCUUUACCAUAAAUCAGACCGUUUCCAGGAGACGCUCUCGUUGGUGAUGGAUGUAUCGUUAAAAACCAAGAAGAGAAAUCCACGUAUCAGUGAGCCGUGUCAAUCAGAUCGGGACUAAAACGGCACGAUCUCGUGGAGUUCCUCUGUGAUUUUGGGAUCUUACAAGUCCAGCUGUGCUUCACUUCUAAGACCCUCCCAGUGGUGCAGGGCGUGUGCAGAAAGAAGACUAUUAACCAGGAAGCUAGAGGAGCUCGUUUUGUGUUUUGAAGGCCAUUCCUGCACUAACUCAUACAUAUUUAAAACCAUCCUCCUCCUUUUCACUCUUACAAACGUCCCUCUGAAGUCGUGACGACAUUGAUGACGACGAGUGAACAAACUUGAAGGAAACUGCACUGAUGUCUAAUCUGUAACAGGCAACCAUGAAUCAACAGUAUUUGACGGGUCUGCUUCUCUGUGGGCGUGGCCUUACUUGUGAAAAACGAAGGCGCCUCGGUUGCCCGGCUCAAAGGCACUCCAGCAGGACUUGGCUGAGAUAGACUCCUAAUAGACUCAUGAAGGACGAAGGACUGAUCUUCAAGUUGCACUGCAGUGUGUUUUUUUUUUUUCAUCUCAGAAGGAUCAGAGACGAUGAAGGAAGAGUUUGGAGGUCGACUCAUACAGUUCGACACUUGAAUUGUUUGUCGUGUUCCCGUUUGUGUUUGCGAGCUAACUGCAGCACUUAGACACACACACAGCUGAAGUUUGAGUGUGUGCAUCUGUUUGAGCUGAAGGGUGUGUGUGCAUGCGUUUGUGCGUGUGUGUGCGCGGUCUCCUCCACCUCCUAACCUGAAGGCUGCAGCAGCACUGUAUCCACACUGACAGGUACACCGUGCUCUCAUCAUCUGAGGCGGUGUAAUGUGAUGUAAAUAUACGAUGUCUCCAGGGCCGACAGACAGACAGGGAGAGAGAGAGAGAGAGAGAGAGAGGAGGAGACAGAGGGAGGAAUUUAAAGAGGAACUAAAGGAGUUAGAGGGGAAAGAGGAAGAGGACAUGAGGAGGAUGAGCAGGAGGCAGAGUCCUCUUGUUUCUCCUCCUCCUCUCGGCUCUUCGCUGAUUUAAAUCCACUUUUCUUAAAGGCUCCUCCUCUUCUUUCGAGACGAAACCGCUCCUUAAAGUUCGCGGCUGAGGUGGUGAUCAUGAUUAUGCAGAAGUGAAACCGCCUGUAUUUAUUACGAGCACCUGAUUUCGCUUGUUGCCAUGGAUACCGAUAAUUCAAUGCAGGUCCCGUCCGGCUGUGCCAUUUCUGCAAUUUGGCUGGACAGCAGGAACAUUUAGUUCCAGCUGAAUGGAAGUUGUUUUUCUGUCAUCUUCAGGUGGAGUUUCGCUGCUUCAGUGUCUUCAUGUCAGAAAGUUUAUAAAACCUGUCAGACAAGAGGAAACGCUCUGCACUGAAAACAAAGCACCACUGUCUCAGUGUGACGUUUAUUCUCAUCACAGUUUAUUUCUAUGAAGGAUCAGUAAACAGAGAAGAGUACAGUUUAGUUUGUCCAUCAUAGGCUACAGUAGAAACACGGCUAAAGAGGACUCACUUUGACAGCAAGUUAUUGUGUUUUACAAACUCGGAGCAAACUACGAUAUUAGAAAAGUUAAAACGAUAAUUGAGAGUAAAAUCAAAACAGCUGCUUUUUCAAAAACAAAGAAAAAACAGGCGAAUAAGAAAGGAAGAAAGACGCACACAUCAAGACUAAUCUCACUUUCUUGUUAUUAAUGACACUAAAACAUGUUCCCAGAGUUUGAAUAUUUCAGCUGCAGCCCUGAACAUGUAUAAUUUUACUUCUCAUGAGAAGAACAUCUUAAAUCCUCAAUAACCUUCAUUAAUACUGUUGUUCAUAUAUGAAGUCCUUCAGGUUGGAGAAGUGUCUUGCUGGUCUUUCCGCCUCCUUCACCCACAAUCAGCCCAAGACCUCCACCUUCAAGCGACCUGAUUGGUCGGUGGGUGGAGUUUUACGCCUUCAAAAUGACUUGUUGAUUGUCUUUUAGUGCUUUGAAGGUCAUAAAGAUGCACCAGGAUGAGUGUGAGUCUGUUUCUGAUCUGGUUAAAAACUCCUCACUGUGCCUUUAAGGAAACAGAAAGAUGUAUUUCUCUGGCAGAUGUUUAAAGAGGCUCCAGCCUGUCUGCUCGUACUGCUUCCUCUGCAUCCCACCUCCACCCUAACUUUUCUUUGUGCUGUUUCUGAUUUACUUGUGUCGUACAUGUCGCUCAGUUUUGCUGCUGCUCUUCCUUCUUUGGCUUUUCACACAUGCCUGUGGAAACGCAGGGGACUCCCAGAACAGAUGUAAGUGGUCCUGACUGAAACACAGAUACUAUUUCCAGCUAAUGAUUAGUUUCUAGAUUAACUGUGUUAUUUGUUGGAUCACGACCUGAUUCUGGACUCAUACUGCUUGGAUUUGAGACAAUCUUGGUGUGUGGGUUUGGAAGAGUUUAAUUGUAAUGGAUGAAAAGUGUGAAAAAUGAAUUUAGCUGCUUCGAAAAGAGAAUUUCACCUUUUUAAGGCCAAGAAACUGACGUUAUUUCAAGAGGGAAAAUGAAGCUGUGAAGAGAGGAAAGUGUGACAUUCAUGACAGUCUUAAUAGAGGGAUGAGUUCUGCAGAAGAUGGAGCCUCUAUUGAGGGUGGUGCUGUAUCAGCUGCUGUGGAUGUGAAGCAGAGGGAGGGAGAGAAGGAGGAACAGCAGCUCAGCUGGAGCUUAGCUGUCCCCAAACGUUUGAAUGUCAGGACGGAGCAGAGCAGCAGGAGGGACGGGGAGUUGUUUGUGUCUGAUCUGUUACCGUUAAACCCAAAUACCAAAUGCUCCGAGGUGAGACCGAGAAUUUGACUGACUUUUGGAGUCCAGAUUCAAUCAGAUUGUCUUGUUUAUGAAUGUAUUUUUGAUUCACAUGAAGGAAAAACAAGCGUGAAGCUGCUGUUGGUGAAGAUUUUUGCAAAUGAGAAUCCAAUUUAUGUUUUCUGACUUCCUGCAGAAAAAAACGAUAAAAAACAGAAAUAAUAAUGUAUUUUUGUUCCCUACAAUCAUCUAUUUUUAUCAGAUUGUUCAGUGAUGAGGGAAUAACUUUGUCCAUACAGGGAUGUGUGUUUGUGUUUACUCCCUAAUAAGGUGUCAUUCAACCUUCGGCCACUAGAGGGAGCAGGAGACCUCGGCUGGUUGUGUUUGAAUGGCGAGUCUGUGCGUUUGAAUGUAACUUGAAACUGUUUGUGAGUGAAUGUGUGUGAGAGGAGGAGAGCCCUCUUUACCUUUGCAGUAUUAGUGCUUCGACACGACCCUGUACAUUGUGUUCAUAUUGUUCAGUUGUGUAUUUUUUUAUUAUUAACCAUGUGAAGAUGUGUAACCUGUUAAACCUGCUGAUGAUCCGGUUUGUCAGUCUGUACAGCAUUUCUGUUAAAUAACUUAUUGUUUUGUAUCUGUGCUUUUUUAACUUAUUCGAUGCCGCGGGACCGCGUGUCCUGAGAUGACUCACCAAGUCUUUCAAGUGUUGCCAAAGUUAUGAUCACUCUCGCACUCACACACACACACACGUAGUCACACAGCAGAUGGGGGUGUGUGCAGUGCGGCGGUAGUAUCUGUCAGGACAGCUGUGGGCUGACUGCGUGUGGCUUCAAUAAAACUAAACAGAAUCCUGCUCCAAGUCCUUGUGUCACUUCACACCGACACAAAAUGCAAAAUAUGUGAUCUUAGUGACAAGCUGCUGCGACAGAAACCAGUUCUGAAGGAGCAGCGGGGUUCAAAAUGUGUGCGAAUCUUUGUCAGUAAGCUGUAACAUCAGGGACACUGACGGGUGAAGUGAAUAACUCUGAUUAUCUCGUUGAGGUGGCACCUGUCAGAGGGCGGGAUGUGCUGAGAAGUAAGCAAACAUUUUGUCCUUGAAGCGGGAAAAAAUGAGGACCUAACAGAAGUCACUCAGUACCAACAAAAGGUCGUGAACGAUGAUUUGUAGAUUUCCUACAAGAGGAGCUGGAAAAGCUCACGCUGGCUCUGACAGUUGCAGACUCGUCAGGAUCGACCUGUUCGACUGAAACUGCCUCAGAUUCUUUGAUUGUCCACCUGAGCUCCAUCUUCUCUUCGGUUCCUCUGGACUGUUGCUGCAGACAUGAACAUCAACCUCACGGACUUUACCAAUAUAGCUGAAAUAAACCACUAUUAGGCCUGCUGACUGUAAUCACAUUAAAUUAAUUUAACAUAGUCCAUCAUUACUUCUAUCCUAAUCCUGUAAACGGAAUAAUUCAUAUUGUUUCAUCAUUAUUUGCUCUGCAACCACAACUCUGUAUGAGCUGUUGUUGUUUUCAUGUUGCUGCUAUCCCAUCUCUCUCUCUCUCUCUCUCUCUCUCUCUCUCUCUCUCUCUCUCUCUCUCUCUCUCUAACCCUAGUUCUCUAUUCUCUCUUCCUCCCUCUCCCUUGCGAGGGGACUGUCUAACACGAGUCUGGUCCUUCUCAAGGUUUCUGCCUGUUAAAAGGUUUUUCCUUGCCAGUCAGUGCGUUUACAUACACAGCUUAAUCAGACUAAGCUCAUAAUUCGUUGUUUUUUUUUUUUUUCGCUGAAUCGGACUUCUUUCCUCGUCCGUGUACACAUGCAGCUGAGAAAAUCAAACUAUUGGCGUGAAUGUGUCCUCCUCCCCAAAACUAGGGGGCGAUAUCAUGGGUCUUUUCAGCGGUGCUGUUUCCGGUUGACUCCAUUCAACCGUCAACAACAACAGCAGGUCCGUGCCAGACGUUAGAAGUGUCUACGACUGCUGCUCGGCAUUUUGGAGCAAGAAGAUGGAGCAUCUUAUAGCGUUGUUUUUGUCGUACAUGAUGUCUAGCUACUUUUUCUGCAGAUGAGACGCACACUGCUCCUCUUUUUGGUGUUUUUGUUCCAGAGUUACGGAGGCGUGGCUCACGCACACAUUAAUUGUCCAAUCAUACUCCGACUACGCCGGUUACAUGGUAGAGAAAAUCGAACUCCAAUCACAUUAUCUGGGUGUCUUAAUCGGUCUUUGGCAGUUAAUCAAACAAUGAGCGUGGUCAAGACCUGCUCUCUUUGGGAAAGUGUCUUGGGCUGAUGAUGGUUGUGAUUUGGCUCUAGAAAAGAUUUGCAAGAAAAGAAGAUGGACAAGUGACAAAGAACAGCUUCUCUGUAUUCAAACCGUAGAAGACCCCAAACAAACCAGUGAACCGCCAUCAUCUCUGCAUUCGUGUAAUGCAUAAAAACAACUUCCAUGCACACGCAGGUCAGCGUUUCCAAAACCUCCAGUUUCAGUGACCUAAGACUGCAUGUGUCGCGUAGCUGAAUUUUCUGAGUCUUUGUGUACUACUCCGAAAGUUUCAAGUCCUUGAGUUACAAAAAGUGUAGAACAGAUUUUGGGAACUCAACUUUUGUUAUUGAGGAGAAAUAAAGGAGGGUGGAUAAUGGUGACAGUCAAACUUUUUAAAGUGGACUUUAUUUCUCGAGGAGGAGGCAUCAUGUUGCCAAACAUGCAGGAUAACGAGGACAGCGAGGAAGGGGACAGUCUGAACAAGCUGUAUUCAGCUGUGAGUCACAAUUAAGAGCUAAAAGUAACCUGCUGCUGUCUCUACUGUGCACCUGCUAGUUAUAUACUACACAAAACCUCACCUUAGAAAGUAUCUGUGUCAAUUCACCUGUCGAGUCCAGAAAUAAGGCCUCUGUCAAGAUAACAGACCCCAAAAAUAAGAGCCGUAAAAGUUUCUUGAACUUUACGACUUUUUAGUAAUUUUUAUGUUGUUUAUUGCAACCAAUUCAAGUCAAAUAUUUGUCAUGAAGCAGGUUGAAUUAAGACAUUGCUCUGGACCAGUCAGGUAGUGUUGUGUCAUUCACGAACGAUUCACUCAAAAGAACCGAAUCCUUUAAGUGAACGUACUGAACCGAAUCACUUCCUUGAGUGUUUCGUUCGUUUCUCACUUAAGUUGAGCUGAAGUGAGAAACAGCACGGCCAAGCCAGCAGCCAGCGAACGAGGGACCACAUGCACCGACGCCUGAAUCACCUGGUGAACGAAUCGCACAUUGAACUUCACUCUCUGGAAUCAUUUUUUGUCAGACAAAACUACCUUUUUUUUUCACUGCUAAAUUUCCAACACAACAACUUUCAUACAGUAGGACACAGCAUGGAACAAGUAGUGCAUUAAACCCGCAGGAUCCUAUUAUUGCAGCGGUUUGCGAGGGAACGGUUUAAUGUUCAGUUUGAAUUCUUCUAAACGUUUAGUGAACGAAUCACUCACUGACCCCAACUUACUAAGCAGACCUGAUAAAUAGCAUACCAUAGGGCAGUACACCUAAAACAUCAUGACUUAUAAACAAGUUCAUUUUUACAAACCUGUUUGCCAAAGCGACACAACCAGACACUCUCGUCUCCCGGUCCCAGAAGCUUUGAAUUGAACUGAAUCCUGAACCGUUCAGCUGUGUAUCAGUUCAGGAGGUCGGAGUCACAGGCUUCUCCCGCUAAAUGAUUCAGUGAUUGGGUAAUCAAAUCUUUUGAACGAAUCUUUUUGGUGAAAUGAUUCUAGUGAUUCAGUACAUCUAAAAGAACUGACGUGCCCAUCACUACAGUCAGGUGAAUGUGGCUUGAAUUAAUAGGUGGGUGCAAGAAUGAGUCAAAAAUCGAAUCAGCAAAUUAUGUGCUUUUAUUUUUUAAUGGCGCUAAACCCAUGUGCAGCAUUUUCAGUGUUAACCAGACCAGCUUUAGAUGAUGCCACUUGAACCCGUGCAGCUCAGUUUGCUCUCCAAUAACUGCUUUAACUCCC